CCAUGGUGCUGCUGCGGAAGCUGCCGGGCAUGCCGGGCUGGCCAACGGCGCUGGGGCUGCGGCUGCCGCAGAAGUUCCUGUUCCUGCUCUUCCUCUCGGGCCUGCUCACGCUGUGCUUCGGAGCCCUGUUCCUCCUGCCCGAUUCCUCCCGCUUCAAGCGCCUCUUCUUGCCCCGCCGCGCCACCGCCUCCACCUCCUCUUCUUCCUCCGCCUCCUCCUCCGCCGCCGCCGCCGCCUCCUCCACCCGCGACACCGACCUGCCCCGCAGCCCGCCCGCCGCCGCCGAGCCCCGCCACGCCAGCCCCGCCGCGCCGCGCCGCCUGCGGGAGAAGCUGCGCUCCGCCGCCCGGCCCGCGCCCCGUGCCCGGCAGCAGGUGCAGGGCGACGGCCGAGCCGAGCCCGCCACCGGCGCUGCCCCCGCGCGGGACACGCGAGCCCCGUUCCGCUUCGACUACGAGCGGUUCCGCCGCAGCCUCCGGCACCCGGUGCGGGGCAGGCGGCCCGGCGAGGACCCCGAGACCCGCGCCCGCAGGAUGAAGAUAAAGGAGAUGAUGAAAUUCGCUUGGGAUAACUACAAACUCUAUGCACUUGGGAAAAACGAACUGCGACCGCUGACCAAGAACGGCCACAUCGGGAACAUGUUUGGAGGCCUUCGAGGAGCUACAGUGGUAGAUGCCUUAGAUACUCUGUACAUCAUGGAACUCGAGGAGGAAUUCCAAGAAGCAAAGAAGUGGGUGGAGAAGAGCUUUGACUUGAAUGUGAACGGAGAAGCAUCCUUGUUCGAGGUGAACAUCCGCUAUGUUGGAGGACUGUUGGCCACAUACUACUUAACUGGAGAAGAGGUCUUCAAGAGCAAAGCUUUGGAACUGGGAGAGAAGCUUCUGCCGGCUUUUAACACCCCCACGGGGAUCCCGCGCGGCGUCAUCAAUUUGGGCAGCGGCAUGAGUUGGAGCUGGGGCUGGGCAUCUGCUGGGAGCAGCAUCUUGGCAGAAUUUGGUACCUUGCACUUGGAAUUCCUGCACCUCUCGGAGCUCUCUGGCAACCCCGUGUUUGCAGAAAAGGUGAUGAACAUCCGCAAGGUCCUGAACAGAGUUGAGAAGCCACAGGGCCUCUAUCCCAACUUCCUCAGCCCGGUGACAGGGAAUUGGGUGCAGCAUCACGUCUCCAUUGGGGGGCUUGGGGACAGCUUUUAUGAAUAUCUCAUCAAAUCUUGGCUGAUGUCGGACAAGAAAGACUCUGAAGCUAAAAAGAUGUAUGAUGAUGCACUAGAGGCAAUAGAAAAGCAUUUGGUCAAAAAGUCAGCUGGAGGAUUGACCUACAUCGCUGAGUGGAGGGGUGGUGUCUUGGAUCACAAAAUGGGCCACCUGGCUUGUUUCUCUGGGGGUAUGAUAGCCCUUGGAGCUGAACACGCUGGAGAAGAGAGGAAGCAACAUUACAUGGAUCUCGCUGCAGAGAUAACAAGCACAUGUCAUGAGUCUUAUGCACGCUCAGAUACCAAACUGGGCCCCGAAGCCUUUCGCUUUGAUGCUGGAACUGAAGCCAUGGCAACCAGACUCAGCGAGCGCUACUACAUCCUGCGGCCAGAGGUGGUGGAAAGCUACAUGUACAUGUGGCGGCUGACACACGAUCCCAAGUACAGGCAGUGGGGCUGGGAGGUUGUGAAGGCCCUGGAAAAGCAUUGUAGAGUAGAAGCUGGUUUCUCUGGCAUCCGAGAUGUUUAUACCACAACCCCGACCCAUGACAACAUGCAACAGAGUUUUUUCCUCGCAGAGACUCUGAAGUACCUCUAUCUUCUGUUCUGUGAAGAUGACGUGCUGUCUCUGGACGACUGGGUGUUCAACACAGAGGCUCACCCCCUGCCAGUCAACCACACGAACUUUAAAGCAAGCGUGCAGCAGUGAGGCCACUGCCCAGGCCCUGCUGCUGCGGCCUCGGCGCGUUACAGCUUUUCCUUUCCAUUAAAGGAAUUUGCAUUGUUCCUGAAA